CAUAAUAAUAUCUCCGAAGAAAAUUUCUCUUUUCCACCAUUUAUGGUCCAGACGAAUGCUUGGUUGUUCUUCGCUUUAAUUCGACCAGUCGACUGUAUUAAAACAUGGCGCUCAGUUUGGAAGGAUUCCGCGAAGCGGCCGAUCAGUUCUCCUUGAAAAUCUACCAGAGUAUUAUCCAGGACAAAGCGAAUGCCGAGAAGAAUGCCUUCCUAUCGCCAUUCAGCAUCCAGAGCGCACUGUUCCUGGCGUAUUUGGGAGCGGAUGGCAUUACUAAACAGGAGAUGACCAACAUGCUGCAUCCGGAGAAAGUCUUCGGCGGCAACGAGAAGCAGCUAUUGGAUGUGUACGGGGAGGUGUUGCGGGUGUUUGCGCCCAGUAAAAAGGAAGAUGGCGAGGAGAACUAUCACUUGGCGCUGGCCAAUAAAGCGUACUUGCGGAAGGGAUUGCAUGUAAAAGCUGAUUUCAAAGCCAUCAUUACAGAUAAGUUGAAAAGCGAAGUGGGAGAAACAGAUUUCGAAAACAAUCCGGCUGGCGCGGUCGCCGAGAUCAACCAAUGGGUGGAGAAGCAGACCCACAACAAAAUCCGUGACCUGGUCAACACGCAGACAGUGACCCCGGACACCGCUUUUGUCCUGGUUAACGCCAUUUAUUUCAAGGCGCAGUGGCACGAAGAAUUCGAGGAACAUGCCACCUGGAAGGACGCCGAUUUCACCAAUCUCAACGGACAGACUUCCAAGGUGGACCUCAUGCACAAGUCUCUCCAAGCCGGCUACACCGAGAAUGAACACUUCCAGCUGCUGCGCCUGCCCUACAAAAAUCAUGAAUUGUCCAUGAUCAUCGUGCUGCCUAAAAAGCGUAAUGGCUUGAAGGAGUUGGAGGGGCAUUUAAGCGUGCGGAUGCUGCGGGAUGCGGUUGAGAGUGCCUCAGAACAAGAGGUUGAUGUGUAUUUGCCUAAAUUCAAACUGGAGCAAUCGUACGAACUGGUGCCGGUGCUGAAAAAUCUGGGAGUGCAUCAGCUGUUCGAGAAAGCCGAUCUCAGCCGGAUGGUGGACGACGAUCGGCUGACCGUGUCCAACGUCAUUCACAAAGCUUUCGUCGAAGUGAACGAAUCGGGAACGGAAGCGGCGGCCGCCACCGCCGUCAUAGGCGUAACGGAGUGCGCUUUCGAGGAACCGUUGGAUCCACCGCCGGAAUUCCGCGCUGAUCAUCCAUUCCUCUUUGCCAUUCGCCAUGAAUCCACACAACUGAUGACGUUCAUGGGACGCGUUGCCAGCCUAUAAUAAUUUUAACAGAUCGGCGCGGUAUCCUCUAGUCGUUUUAUAAUAAUUAAAAUACUGCGUCUCUGUAUUAAAUAAAUAUGUAAUUUAAA